AUGCAACGCUGCGGCUUCGAUUUUCUGCGCAUAUUGAGUGCCUUGGCUGCUGCUGCCAACAAUAACAGCUACAGUUAUCUGCGUGAGAAGCCGUUGCAGCUGUUGCAAAGACAGAAGCGCUGGCUUACCUUUGAUCUGGGCUCAUCCAUCACGUUGACGGCCAACUGUGCGAAGGCGUUGCUAGACACCAGACCACGUGGCUUAUUGCUGCUGGGCGAGUUUACCUCCGUUUAUGCCAUGCCAGGCGCUAUAGAGGAUUGGUUUCCAAGACGUAAACCCAAAAAGCCGUUUCCACCACCGCCACCACCACCGCCGCCGCCGCCUCCUCCACCCGCCAUGCUGCCACUAAGUAGCGCUGAUCCAGCACAGCCUUUUUACAUAGCAUAUCCCCAGCUACAGCCACAGUCCACGCCCACAGUGCUGGCUGCCAAUUCGCAGGGCUGUCCUGCUUCCCAGCUGGUCAGGCAUGCAAAUGGCAACUACUAUUGUCAGCCCACAACGCAGUUGCGUCGACUGCGCCGCCAUUUGCAGCAGAGUGGCGCUCAGUUGCUGCCACAGCCGCUUGGACCAGAUGGCAUGCUGUUCGAUAUACUCACCAUGCUCGCCGAACUGCAUCGGUAUCAAGCACGUUACUGCAUCAUGCGUACGCUCUGCGAGUCGCGCCAUCUGUUGUCGCCGCCGGGCACUACGCUCUUCCAUGAUAUCUUUCGCAUUCUGCUGCGCUAUGUGCAUCCGGAGAUUGCACAAAAGUCUGCAUACUUCAAAGCCUUCACCGCCGGCCACUCGCUGCCUGAGUGCGCUCAGCUCUAUGGCGCACAUUGUCCCCAAAGCUUUUUGCUUCACUUUACGCAACACUUUUUAGGCAAUAAACAGCAUAAAGCUAAAGCGUGA